AUGCUGGGUUGCAACCACGUGACCGAAAAGGGGCACGGCAAGCCGUGGAGGUUCCAAACCAGUGGACGGACCAACGGAGCCGCCUCAAGUGCCCGUGUCCCGGUCAGAGGUCAGAUGAAACGCUUUUUCCACAAUGCAGCAGGGAGCGGGACCACAGACGAGGAUGAUGAGCUCCUUUUGGUGGAAGAGGACGUAGGAGCCUCCAGCCUCGUCAUCAGCAUGGACGGGUCGCGGCUUAAACAGAAGAGGAAGAGGAGAAAAUAUGCUGAGGAAAAGGAGGGCAGGGCUUCCGAGAGCGAGCCUGAGAUUGACAGGCAGCUCGACCAAUCAUUGGAGACCAAGUCCAAGCAGCACAACUUGACGACUGCCAACAUCAAGACCAUCAUCCACGAGGUCAUCACUAACGAACAUGUCGUGGCUAUGAUGAAGGCUGCCAUUAAUGACACCGAAGCCCCGCCCCCUUUUGAGCUGAAGAUGACGAGGUCAAAGCUGAAGGAAGUUGUAGAGCGCGGCGUGGUGAUCCCGGACUGGAAUCUGUCUCCCAUCAAGAAAUCCAACAUUGUCAGCAAGCCUCCUCACUUUGUAGACUUGCCAUUGGCUGAUGAAGAUUCCUCAGAUGAAGAGUACAGACCUGAUGAAGAUGAAGACGAUGAGACAAAUGAAGACACACUUCAGGAGAGUGACCUCGACAGCACGGCGUCUUCACCGCGAGGAAGUCGAUUCCGAGACGAGUCCUCCAGCCCCUGGCAGUUGUCUCGAAGUCUCCCCUGCCGUUUGAGGGCAGAGUCAGUGCCCAUGGGCCCGCCCCCUCCUCCCAGAGCCAUGCCCAUACAUGGCUUGAGUGACAGCCCCAAAGCGCCUCCCCCUCGAGCUGUGAUUGACAGGAGGAUUGUGAGCGACAGCACGUUUCUGGAGAAACUGAACGAGGUGGAAGCAGAGCUCAGUGUGUGUCAGAGCUUCCAGCCUCUGCAAGACGUAGACCUGAUGGCUUCUCGAACUCGGUCGAAGCAUUCCCUCACAGAUGUUCCUCUGGAGCGACUGGAGGCGGAGCUUCGAGUCCUGAACCCGGACUUUAAUGAGACCAGGUCCUCUCUGGACCCAGACCCAGACCAGGACCCAGACCAGGACCCAGAGGAGGAUCGGGACUGGACCGACUGGCUCCGUGGCCUGAUGACCUCUGAUGUGGAGGAGGAGGCUGACGAUGACGACGAUCCUGAGUAUAACUUUUUGGCUGAUCGUGAUGAACCAGAUCUGGAGGAUUACAGAGACGACCGAGGAGUGCGCAUCACCAAGAAGGAGGUGAGCGAGCUUAUGGAGGAGCUCUUUGAAACGUUAAAGGAUGACCUAGCGUCUCAAGACGUGGAUGAAGAGGAAGAGGAGACAGAGACAACUGCACGGUCCAGACUCUCUGAAACACCAGUCCUGAUCCAGACUGUUGCCCAGCCCCCAAUCCAGGCUCUGGUCCAGACUUCCGUCCAGCCCCCAGUCAUGCCCCUGGUCCAGCCCCCUGUACUGAAGACUGUUCGACAGCAGCUUGAGUUCCUGCAGAAAAAUAUGAAGCAAACGAUGAUGAAGACAAAAAAGAGAAGUGAAGUGGAAGAGUCUGAGAAUCUUUUCAUGAGAGAGAUGGAGAGAGAGCGGCUCAGACAGCAAGUCCAGCAGCAUGUCCAGCUCCUCACUCAGGUCCACCUGCUGUGUGCUCCAGUGUCAAGUUUGAAGGACCAGGCCCAGACCACCCGGGACUUCUUGAUGGAGUUGGACUUCCUGGGCCAGGGGGCAGAGUUGAUGAUGUCAUCUGAUGGGCGCCAACGCAGCAGCGCAUUCAGAGUGUGUAACCUGCAGGGGGCGCUGCAGCUGCUGGAAGAAACCAGAGUGCAACCAGUGAAUUAUAGACCUGACCCACCCCGAGUCGACCCGAGGGGAAACGUGAAGGCCUUCCCGCUCAUGCCCGCUGACCUUGCAUGGUUCUUUGCCACUCGCUCACUCUUCCUCUACCCUGAACUGCUGCCGUGUGUGAGCCUGGACCCUGCUUUGUACUGCCCCCGGAGGAAAGAGGUCUUCACUGCAGCUGAGGACUGUCUCCUGGUUCUAGGUCUUCGGUCUUUCCGUGGGACCUCAGAUCCAGUGAAACUGGUUUCGGAUUUUGUUUUGAGGAAAACCGUGCCUCAGGUUCGACGACGAAUACUGGAAUGCUGUCGUCCCGGCAACAGGGACAAUGUUGUGAAGGCGUACCGGCUAAAGAGCCUCCUCAUGCCUAUGCCUAAAGCCUGUUCACCUCAGAUGGAGCUGUGCCCCCCUGUGGAGAGAGGCCAACACUGCCCCCUGUGGCUCAAUAGGAGCAUCCCUGUGCUGCACGCCGCACUUUGGCGUUUAAACUCUGAUACUCCGCCCCCCUGCACCCAGGCUCCACCCCUUGUCACUAAGGCCCGCACCAGUCACCGGAGUCUGCUGCGCUCUGAUUGGUCCAGGGUAUUUCCUCCUGGAAGCACCUACCCGCCCACACUUCCUAAAAAGCAGCUGGAGUUUCGAAGAAUUGGGUUUGUCCUUCUGAACCCGCCCCCUGACAGCCGUCAAAUAACAGAGCAGGGGGAAGAGGAUGAAUUCACCCUGCACCUAUCAGAGACCGACACAGGAAGUCCCUCAUCCAAUCACGAUGCAGAGAUGGAGGACAAGACAGGAAGUGACAUCACCUCGGAUGAAGUUGUUUUAGCUCAGAAUGUGUGUGUAGCAGAGAGCGGCGAAAGAGUUGUGUGGAGCAGGAAAGCGGACCGGAAGCUGCUAUUGGCCGUACAGAAGGGAGGGGCCAAUCGUAAGACAUUUGGAGUCGUGUCCUCACAGCUACCGGACAAGACGCUUGAACAGGUGGAGCAGCGGCUGCGUGACCUCAUGACCCUUUUCCACUCUGCCAAUCACAAAGAAGCUUUCAUGCAGAAGGCUCCAGAUUGA